UACAGUAUUGUUGUACUCAUUGACAGUGAGAGACAAAUCAUUACUUUAAAGUUUGUAUGUAUUUCUCUAUGCAUUUGAAUGUGUGUUAAGCACUACUAUAGUAUACUACUCAUUGGACACUCAUUUAUAUACCGAUUGAUUGAUUGGCCACACAUUGAGUACACCCGAAACACAUCCCGAUUUAGACAACAACAACAAAUGGAUUUACAAUCAGCUAUACUGUCGAGUCUUAAUUAAGAUGCAAGUAUUGGAUACAAUACUAACUGAAUGGACGGCCAACAGGUUUACAUCAGCGUUGCCGACGCCGAUGCGUUUGCGGGAUCUGAUCCGUCAGAUACGGGCCUCCAGGACUGCUGCCGACGAAAGGGCUGUCGUCCAGAAAGAGUGCGCUUACAUUAGGUCGACGUUUCGUGAAGAAGAUAAUGUCUGGCGCUGUCGUAAUGUCGCCAAACUGUUAUACAUACAUAUGUUGGGAUAUCCGGCACAUUUCGGACAGCUGGAAUGCCUUAAACUGAUAGCCUCUCCCCGAUAUACCGACAAACGGAUCGGUUAUUUAGGAGCAAUGCUUUUGUUGGAUGAGAGACAAGACGUCCACUUAUUGAUUACUAAUUCACUUAAAAAUGAUUUGAACUCUCAAACCCAGUUCAUCGUUGGAUUAGCGCUCUGUUGUUUGGGUGCCAUCUGUUCAGUUGAAAUGAGCCGUGACUUAGCCGGAGAAGUGGAGCGUCUGAUGAAGUCAUCCAAUACUUUUAUUAAGAAAAAGGCCGCUUUAUGUGCCGCAAAGAUUGUCCGCAAAGUACCCGAACUUAUGGAAAUGUUUUUACCGGCGGCCAGGAGUUUGAUUACUGAGAAAAAUCAUGGUUGUCUUAUAACUGGUAUUAUAUUAAUCACCGAAAUGUGCGAACAAAGUAGCGAAACGUUGUCUUACUUUAAAAAGAUGGUUCCAAAUUUGGUACGAAUACUGAAGAACUUAAUAAUGGCCGGAUAUUCGCCCGAACACGACGUUUGUGGUGUUAGCGACCCUUUUCUUCAAAUCAAAAUAUUAAGACUUCUACGGCUUUUAGGACGAAAUGAUUCCGAAAGCAGUGAAACAAUGAAUGAUAUAUUAGCUCAGGUUGCCACAAAUACCGAAAGCAGCAAAAAUGUUGGAAAUGCUAUUCUUUAUGAAACUGUUAUAUCAAUUAUGGAAAUAAAAUCAGAGGGAGGGCUCAGAGUAUUAGGAAUUAACAUUUUGGGCCGAUUUUUGCUCAAUACAGAUAAAAACAUUCGCUUCGUUGCAUUAACAACACUUCAUAAGACAGUUAGUGCCGAUUAUAAUGCAGUCCAAAGACACAGGACUACAAUCGUCGAGUGUCUUAAAGAUCCGGAUAUUUCCAUCCGAAAGAAAGCUAUGGAAUUGUGUUUUGCAUUAAUUAAUUCAAAUAAUAUCAAAUCGAUGUCCAAGGAGUUGAUCCACUUUUUAGAAAAGGCUGAUCCCGACUUUAAAUCAAUUUGUUCAUCCAAUUUAUGUAUCAGUGCCGAAAAGUAUUCCCCGGGUCACAAAUGGCAUAUCGACACUAUCAUCAAAAUACUUACGACGGCUGGAAAUUAUAUAAGAGAUGAUGUCGUCGGAAGUCUUAUAGAACUUAUAUCAGUUACCACUUCAUUACAUAGCUAUGCCGUCCAAGAAUUGUUUAAACAAUUGACAGGAGAUUUAGAGUCAAAGCAACCUAUGAUUCAGGUGGCGAUGUGGGCGUUGGGAGAGUUUGCCGAUUUGCUUACCGUUCCCACACAGAACUUGGAGUCAAAUGAUUCGCAAUAUAUCGAACCAUUGGAUAUCACUGAAGAUAAUGUUAUCGACAAAUGUGAACAAAUUCUUUCAUUUAAUUUAAUGACUUUAGUAACAAAAGAGUACACACUUUGUGCACUUAUCAAACUGAGCGCUCGAUAUCCAAAUACAGCGCCACGAGUCAAGAGAAUUGUAGAUAUCUUUGGAUGUGAUCACAGUGUAGAGCUUCAACAAAGAGCUGUCGAGUUUGCCUCACUUUUUACAAAAUAUGAUCAUUUAAGAAGUAGUCUUCUAGAACGGAUGCCACCGAUGAUUAUAAGAACUGAAAAAAGAAAUGGUAUUCAAAAUGGAGAUAUAAAUGAUGACGACACAAAUGAAGACAAUGAGUCGACUAUUAAUAAUGGUAAUAACGAUAAUAAUUAUGUUAAUAAAACUAGUGGUCCAACAAACAGCUCAGCUCUUUUAGAUCUCUUGGAUCCAAUUGGAUUUGGAGAUGCACUUACUAUUACCGAUAAAUCAAAUGAAACAACUACUGCAUCUAUAUCACAGCCAACUACAACAAGUAAUGUAUUUGAUUUAUUGGAAACUCUGGACUUAAAUAACGUUCCCAACAACAUAGGAAACAAUUCUGUCCAUCAAACAAACAUUCCUCUUGUAGUCAACAAUAUAUCAAAUGAUAUUUUUUCAACAAACGAUGGAAACAACUUAUUAGAUAAUAUUUUAAAUAAUAGUAAUUCUAAUCAACAAUUAAAUUAUUCCAUUGAACCCAUUGUUGCCUUCGAGAAGAAUGGAUUGAGAAUUGAUUUUAGUUUUGAAAGAACCACAACUGAUCCAAACACUACUAUCAUAUCAUUAUUGGCUACGAAUGCAACUCCCUAUCCGAUAGAAGAUUUUCUAUUCCAAGCAGCUGUUCCUAAGACAUUCCAACUCCAGCUGAUGCCACCAUCUAGUAAUCGUAUCGCCGAAAACAAUACCGGAACUGUUAAUCAAGUGAUAAAAGUAUUAAAUCCAAACAAGAGUCAACUUAAGAUGAAACUUCGGAUGUCAUAUCAACACAAUGGCAAUACAGUUACAGAACUGUCAGAUGUUAACAACUUUCCCGUAACGACGUGGCAAUAGAACAGCCAAUAAAAAUAGGUUCUCAUUUAAUAAUACAUUAAUUGAUAAUAAAAUGUUAAUUAAUUAUUGAUAUACUGUAACCCAAUUAAUUGUUUGAGUCAUUUGACUUUAAAAAUAAUAUUUUGGUAUAAAAAUUGACAAAUAUUUUGUCAAAUUAUGCCAUUGACUGACUUCAGAUGCAAAAUUUAAAGCAAAUUUUGUUAGUUUAAUAAAUUAUUUUUUAAAUUUGAUAUUAUUAUUAUAUACUUUAAAUUAAG